UUGCGGGCGUGUUUCAGGGUUUCUCGAGCACAACAAAUCCUCAGUCAGCACUCAAUUCUACUCAAGAUCACGAAGCUAGAGUCUGACAUUAAGAAAAGCGAUUUGUUUUGACGGUUAAACAGGCCGAAUGGAUUUUCUUAUAUCAGAUGAGGAGUUGAUCAGAUUUCUUCACCACAAGAAGACAGAGAUCUCCUCUUGUAUAGAGGAACCACUCACCUUCCUCAGCCAGCUCCGAGACCAUGACCUGGUACCUGAGGAUCUCUACCAGAAAGUAAUUAGAAUGAAAAAUAAGGAGAGAAAACAGAAAGGUGUGUAUGAGAUUUUGGACUGGGUGGAGAAUAAACAAGGACACUGUGUGAAAUUGUUUUGGAGUUGUGUGUUUCAGGAUCACAUCCUGCAGAAAUAUCCCAGACUCCGUGUGCUCCAAAAAAGACUUCUUGAUGAUUCCUUUAGGAUUUCUGCAAGGUGUAUCAAAGCAGAGAGACCAACCAUUAAUACAGAAGUUCAGAGAAAGGAAAAGAAGCAAGAGCAAAAGAAGGGUGCAAUAAAGAGAAAGAAAUGUGGUGAAGAGACAGAUGAGGAGGAACGAGGCCCUUCUUCUUUGUCCAGCCAAAAGAAACCAGCCAUGAAGCCCCCACACUGUUUCUUUAGGAUUCCUAAGAAGCUUCCCAAGGCAUAUGAACCAAGAAAUAAUAUGAAAGUUGAGAGAAAGGAAAAGAAGCAAGAGCAAAAGAAAGGUGCAACAAAGAAAAGUGGUGAAGAGACACAUAAGGAGGAACGAGGUCCUUCCUCUGUGUCCAGCCAAAAGAAACCAGCCGUGAAGCCCACACUCUCCCAACUUUUAGAGAAAGGAGAACUUCCUGUUACCUGCGGAUUGAAAAAAGGCACAUUGUAUAAAGACAAGCUUGCUCGAGGAAAGGAGUGUAUUUUGUCCCAGUGCAUGUGGUUCACACCAGGUGACUUUGAGAAAUUUUCAGGGAGGGAAAAAAGCAAGAACUGGAAACUCUCAAUCCGCUGCCAAAACAUUACACUGCAUAAACUUAUACAGGAGGGUAAAUUGCAGUGUCGAUACAUGAAGGUCAGAAGAAAGUGAGAUUUCUUUUAUGCUGUGUGGAAAGGUCCAGCCCUCGUCAGUACACACAGCCCUUUAUUUUGUAGAGGUCCACUCACUGGUCCAACGACAGUAUCUAAUGACAUGGUGGAAGGAUUCCUGCGUUUUUCUGUCUUCUCAAAGUGAAGUGGAUACAUUUAUAUUAUUACAUUUGUUAUUCCACUACUGUCUGAUUCUGUCUUAAAUUAAAUCUGACUCCAA